AUGCCGGAUUCACCUGAAACUGGAAGAGCACCAAUAAACCUCGAGGGUGAACUCUGCAUGGAGAGGGUAGUGAACUACACUUGGGAGAACUUGGCCUUUCAGGUGCCCGCGAAGGACAGUGAUGGGCGUAAGAUAAAAAAAACGCUGAUCCACAAGAUGAGUGGGACGGCUUUGGGAGGGCGGGUCCUCGCAAUCAUGGGGCCAUCCGGUGCCGGAAAAACUACAUUGAUGAGCGCCAUCACGGGAAAACUGCACGGCACAGAAAAGAACCUUGAAGGAUGUUGCUUCCUUAACAAUGCGAUAUUCACAGAUCGGUACAGGGCGGUCGUGUCUUUUGUGGCGCAGGAUGAUAUUGUCAUGGCCAUGGACACACCGUAUGAAGCCACUUACUUUGCAUGCCGCGUACGUCUCGGGUUGGGGCCUCGCGAAUCAGAAGUCCUUGUGAAUGAAGUCAUUAACCGUCUGCACCUUGUAGAGUGCCAGGACACCGUGUUGGGUAUUCCAGGACUUGUAAAGGGUGUGUCGGGUGGUGAACGGAAACGAGCUAAUGUGGCCACGGCUCUCGUGGCAAACCCCUGUGUUAUUGUGUUGGAUGAACCAACCACUGGCCUCGACUCCGUCAACGCCCUUCGCGUGGGUCAGAUGCUUCAAGACCUCGCAAAGAAGGAGAAGCGAACUGUUAUCGCAACCGUUCACUCACCAUCUUCUGAGCUCGUAGAGACAUUCGAUGACCUAUUAUUACUCUCUGAGGGUCAUGUGGUAUAUCAUGGACCGAGGGAGGAGGCCACAGCAUACUUCGCAUCUAUCGGUCAUCAGGUGCCCCCGCGGACAAAUCCCUGUGAGUACUUCAUGGAACUCCUUCAGCUUCCGAAGGAGGAGUUAGAGGUGUUGUGGCGGGCCUGGGAACUUUAUCUGACGACGCCAGCCGCGAGCACGAAUCCCUGCCUGUUAAAGGUGUCGGGCCCCAUUACGGAGAGAGACCCCUACCUGGAAGACCAUCUAAAGAAAAAAGGAUCCAGCUGGAUUGUCCAACUGGUUGAACUUACGAAACGCUCCUAUCGAAUGUAUCCCCGCCACCCAAGCGCUGUCUUUGUUCGACUCGUGCAGACACUCUUCGUUGGUAUUCUGAUGGCCCUUUUCUAUUUUCGGAUUACUUUGGAUCAAAAUGGCGUGAAGGAUCGUCUCGGUGUUCUACAUAUGGUGUUAAUUAAUGGCAUGUUUUCGUCCGCAAUGUACGGCGCCGCCGCUUACCCACCGGAACGUGCUGUGUAUCUUCAGGAGCAAUCCACCGACUCGUACAAUGCGCUGACUUACGUGCUCGCAAAGUUUAUCGCUGAGACGGCGUUUCAGGUUGCGUUCCCCACGGCGUUCGCUCUAAUCACCUACUUUACGAUCGGGUUUUACGCUUCAUUUUCCGCCUUUAUGGUGCACUGGUUUCUGUUGGUGCAGUUAGCCCUCACAGCGUAUGCCUUUGGUCUCGCCUUCGCAACGUUCUUCAAGUCCAUCAACACAACCUACGCGCUGCUUCCUGUUGUGUUUCUCCCGCUCAUUAUAGUAACCGGGUUGUACGCCAACACAGAACGGUUGCACCCCUAUUGGUCGUGGUUGAUCGUCAUUUCUUUCCCUCGUCACGCCUACCUUGGUGUCGUUAUCAAUGAGUUCAGCAGACUUGAAAAGAUUUGUGACCCACCUGACCUUCACUGCCGCUAUCCCGAUGGUCAAUCUGUCAUUGAGUUCUUUAAUUUUGACAGUUGGAGUUGGUGGAAGUCCAUUGUCGUGCUCCUGGCGUAUCAAGCUGUGCUUAUCAUCAUCACAUUUGUGUCCCUGCUCAUUCAGGGGAAGCGAAGCAGAGGACGUUUAGUAUUCAGGAAGAAUCUUGACUCCCGUAGCGACCCUGCUCAGACCGCUGCUUGCGCUGGUGAAACGGAAGAGGGGAAGUGA